CGUAAGUCAGAUAAGAAGUAUAGUUGUUUUACGACAGACGGCGUUAGUCUCAUCCUUGAAUGUUGGUCGGCAACUUGUUGCUUCACUUCACUGCUGGUACCUUUAAUUAUACCUUUGUUGGAUUUUGUUGGAUUAAUUUGAGUUAAACAUUUAACACGUAUCAACUUCAUUUUUACCAUGGCAAAGUUACAAGCUCUUCAAGAUGUUGCCAAUCGGCUUCGUAUUAACUCAAUCAAAGCAACACAAGCCUCUAAAUCUGGACAUCCUACGUCAUGUGCUUCUAUGGCGGAAAUUAUGUCUGUUUUAUUCUUCGAUACUAUGAGAUACUCAUUGAAAGAACCAAGACAUCCUGCAUCUGAUCGGCUUGUAUUAAGUAAAGGACAUUCUGCACCAAUUCUUUAUGCUGCAUGGGCUGAAGCUGGUUUAUUUCCUGUCAGUGAUUUACUUAAUUUAAGAAAAAUUGAUUCUGAUCUAGAAGGUCAUCCAACUCCUAGAUUGAAUUUUGUUGAUGUCGCUACAGGAUCCUUGGGUCAAGGAUUAAGUGUUGCAGCUGGUAUGGCUGUCAUUGGUAAAUACUUUGACAAAACUGAUUUCAGGACAUAUUGUCUGAUUGGUGAUGGUGAAUCAGCUGAAGGAUCAAUUUGGGAAGCAAUGGCUUUUGCUUCACAUUAUAAAUUAGAUAAUCUUUGUGCAAUUUUUGAUAUUAAUCGUCUUGGUCAAAGUGAACCUACUUCAUUACAGCACAAUCUUGAUAUCUAUGAAGCUCGUGCUAAAGCAUUUGGUUUUGAAACUAUUGUCGUUGAUGGUCAUGAUGUUGCUGCAUUAGUUGAAGCGUUUGCUAAAGCUUCUUCAACCAAAGGUCGUCCAACAGCAAUCCUCGCUAAAACUUACAAAGGAAAAGGUUUUCCUGAUAUUGAGGAUAAAGAUAACUGGCAUGGUAAACCUCUUGGAGAUAAAGCUGAUUAUGUCAUUAAACACUUGGAAGGUCAAUUGAAGAAUUUAUCAGCAGCAAUUCAACCAUUUAACCCAGUAGCUCCAGAAAUCAGUUUGAAAGUUUCACUCAAUGAACCUCCUAGCUAUAAGCUUGGUGAUAAAAUUGCAACUCGUCAAGCAUAUGGUACUUCACUUGUUAAACUCGGCAAUACUAAUCCAAGAGUUUUGGCUUUUGAUGGUGACACUAAAAAUAGUACAUUUUCUGAGACCUACAAAAAAGCAUUCCCAGAUCGCUACAUCGAAUGUUUCAUUGCUGAGCAAAAUUUAGUUGGUGUUGGUAUUGGUGCUGGAUGUAGAGGUCGGGCAAUACCAUUUGUAUCAACUUUUGCUGCAUUCUUUUCUCGUGCAUUUGAUCAACUCAGAAUGGGUGCAAUUUCUCAAGCAAACAUUAAAUGUGUUGGCUCUCAUUGUGGUGUUAGUAUCGGAGAAGAUGGACCAUCCCAAAUGGCUCUUGAAGAUUUAGCUAUGUUUAGAACUAUUCCAGGUUGUAAUGUAUUCUAUCCAAGUGAUGCUGUUAGUAUGGAACGAGCUACCGAAUUAGCCGCACAACGUAAAGGAAUUGAUUUCAUUCGUACAUCUAGACCAGCAACACCAGUCAUUUAUGCUAAUGACACUGUUUUUGAAAUUGGAAAAUCUAAAGUUGUUCGUAAAAGCGAUAAUGAUAAAGUGUUGCUCAUUGGUGCUGGUAUAACUCUCCAUGAAGCUUUAAAAGCUGCAGACCAACUUGCUGAUCAAGGAGUCAAUUGUCGAGUUUUAGAUCCAUUCACCAUUAAACCAAUUGAUGCUGCCGGCAUUUUAGAGAAUGCAAAAGCAUGUAAUGGAAAGAUUGUUGUUGUUGAAGAUCAUUACCCAGAAGGUGGUUUAGGUGAAGCAGUUGCUGGUGCAAUCUCAAACUCAACUGGUAUUACAAUGAAACAUUUGGCUGUACGAGAGAUUCCUCGAAGUGGUCCACCAGCAGAUCUUAUUGAAAAAUAUGGAAUUGGUUCAAACUCAAUUAUCAGUGCAGUUAAAAGCUUUGCUUAAUUUCAGUUAUAACUGUCCUCAAGCUGGUUCAUUCCGUACAUCCAGUAUACAGAAUUCCAAAUCGUAACUUUGCCUUUUCCAGCCACAACAUUCCCGAUUUUUCAAGUACAUCCCGGUAAAAACACUUCUUGAGUUUAAUCUUUGUUUAGUGGGCUUUUAAGUUUUAAAUCCUUCGUUAUCAAAAUGCAAUCACGUUGUACGUCCAGAAUUUUUAUCAGCUGUGGAAGCUGAACUGUUAGGAUGCCUCAAUGCAAUAAUGUUAAUCUAAAUUAAAUCGUUUUUUUAAAUA